AUGCCAAAUUACACCGAACUUGCCGCGCAGGUCAUCCCCCAGACCAAGACGGGACUUCCAUUUCGUCUUCGUUCCGCCUGCGGCUAUCUGCCCAUGCCAUUGUACAUGGGAUGGGAUACCGAUUCGCUCACGGAUAUGUCCGAUAGCACGAGUAUUCCCCAUCUCAAGCUGACAGAUAUGCUGUCUGGAGCUACCCGAGAUGUCCAAGCAUCUUGGAUGCAUGCGUUAUACAAGCAUACCUCCUCGUGUCAUGAUGGAGUAACGUUGUUACGUCUCAAAGAGGCCGGCUACUCUUCGCAGCUUUCCUGGCAACAUGUAGCCAUAGUGGCGACAAUCAUUAUCCAGCUGGGACUUGCGUUGUACGGAAUUAUAGGAGGGCAGGAGAGGGAAGGAUGGGUUAUCCUACUCGGCUUGUUCGCUAGGGGGUUGGAGGGUGCGGUAGCAUGGGCGUAUCCCGCUACUCUUCCUCCUAGGAUCGUCAGAACGCCGAGGUUUUACGCCCUGCAUACUGGCAUGACAACAAUCCAUAUAUUGGUCAUUGCUCAUGAACCUGCUACAACGAAUAAUAGUAGAGUGGAUUACAUCAAUCUCCAGGAUUCAGCCGUACCUCUUCCAAGAAACAAUGCAUCCUUGUUGGAAUCCUCCUGUAAAGGAGCAUUGAAAAUCUUCGGUUGA